AUGGAGCUUAUCAAUCUGGUGCUCGCCGGGUUCCUCUUCGUGGUUUCGGCCGCCUUUCUUUUCCUGCGCAGCAAGCACAACUACUGGAAGGAUCACGGCUUUCCGUAUGCACCGAAUCCGCACAUCCUGUUCGGGCACUCCAAAGGACAGGGGCAGACCAAGCAUGGGGUUGAGCUCCACCAGGAGCUGUACGACUACUUCAAGCGCCGCGGUAACGCUUACGGUGGAAUGAGCCAGUUCGUUAUACCCUCGGUCUUGGUCUUGGACCCGGACCUGGUGAAAACGAUACUCGUGAAGGACUUUAGCGUAUUCCAAGACCGUGGUGUGUUCGUUAACCCCAAGGACGAUCCGCUGUCGGGGCAUCUGUUCGCGCUGGAAGGCAAUACGUGGCGGCUCCUGCGCCAGAAACUCACGCCAACGUUUACGUCCGGACGCAUGAAGCAAAUGUUCGGUACGAUCUGGGACGUCGCCUUGCGGCUGGAAAGCUUCAUGGAGGGCCAAUGCCAGCAGCCGGACAUUGAGAUGAAGGACGUGCUGGGGCGCUUCACGACGGACGUGAUCGGUACGUGCGCGUUCGGUAUCGAGUGUAACACGCUGCAGAUGCCAGAGUCCGACUUCCGGAAGUACGGUAACAAGGCGUUCGAGCUGAACUUGGGGGUGAUGUUGAAAUUUUUCCUCGCGUCCGCGUACCCAAACCUUAUACGGAUGUUCAAAAUGAAGUCCACGUACGCCGACGUGGAGAAGUUCUUCAUGGACAUGGUCCGCGAAACGGUCGGCUAUCGGGAGAAGAACAACAUCAAGCGAAACGAUUUCAUGAACCUGCUGCUCCAAAUCAAGAACAAGGGCAAACUGGACGAGAACGACAACGAAUCGGUCGGCAAGGGAGAAGUCGGCAUGACGCAGGAAGAGCUGGCGGCCCAGGUGUUUGUGUUUUUCCUGGCCGGCUUUGAGACAUCUUCGACCACGCAGAGUUUCUGUCUGUACGAGUUGGCGAAGAACCCCGACAUUCAGGAGCGCCUGCGGGACGAGAUCAACCAAGCGAUCGACGAGAACGGGGGCGCCGUGACGUACGAUAUGGUCAUGAACAUUGCGUAUCUGGAUCAGGUCAUUAACGAAACUCUCCGCAAGUACCCACCGGUAGAGUCGUUGAGUCGGGUACCGUCGGUUGAUUAUAGAAUACCCGGCACGAACCACGUGUUGCCGAAGCGCACGCUGGUGCAGAUUCCUGUCUAUGGCCUGCAGCACGACCCAGAGCACUACCCCGAUCCGGAACGCUUCAAUCCGGAUCGGUUCUCUCCGGAAGAGGUAAAAAAGCGCCAUCCCUAUGUGUUCAUCCCGUUCGGAGAGGGUCCCCGGAUUUGCAUCGGCCUGCGGUUCGGCGUGAUGCAGACGAAGGUCGGACUGAUUACGCUGUUGCGCAAGUUCCGAUUCACUCCAUCGGCCCGAACUCCGGAGAAGGUUACGUUCGAUCCGAAAAUGAUCACUCUUUCUCCCAUCGAGUUCGAGUGUGUCGGCGGAGCGAUGCCUAUCGUCGAGUUUUGGAUUGCUUUCGGCACCACCGUGCUGCUGGUGGUCGGGUUCGGUGUGUGCCUGCUGCUGGACAAACGCCGAUCGCUGUGGGUCGAUCGUCGGUUUCCCGGCACCGGAAGGGCCCCGAUGCUGUGGGGUGAUUAUGGGGCCAGCGGAUACCUGGAGCAUCGAGCGCAAACCAAUCAGCGACUGUACCGGGUGUUCAAGGCGCGAAAAUGGCCCGUUGGCGGAGCGAUCCUCUAUCUGACACCGGUCGUCAUCGUAGUGGACCCGCGUGCGAUUGACUUCCUUCUCGGUGACGAAUGCAUCAAAAUUCCUACGGUCCGUGGCAAUGGCGUGGUGAUCGCCAGCUGGACCGACUUCGAGGAGGAGCACUACGAAGCGAUGCUAAAUCUGGCCAGCGCAGAGAGUACCAACAUUGCAAGCACAGUCAGCGUUUCCGGCACCGAGCGGGACGUCAAAUCGAUCGUGGAGCAGUUCACGGUGCGGGUGCUGAUGCCGAUCGUUUUCGGGAUCCAACAUGAACCGUCACUGGAGGUGGCUGUCCGGGAGAUGCUCCACGAAUGUGCACCUUCGCUACCGUGGAGCGUUCUAUCGACAGCACUUCCGGUCUGGGCCAGUACUAUGGGCAGGUUUCUCGAUCCCAACCGGCUCGCCUGGAGGCGAUUGGAGGAGCUAAUGUUCGCGACGGAGCGUGAGCCAAAGUUGGGUGAAAAUUUCUCGUCGUUUCUCAAACGCAAAACAGCUCAAGCCGAUGGGAUGGAACCAGUGUCGUUCGACCGUACCAAACGCACGUUGCUGGAGCUGGUACGGAACAUGUUUUACAUCGCGUCGGGGACCAUUAUCGCCUGUCUGUACGAACUCGCAUCGAACCACGGAGUCCAGGCACGGUUGCACGAAGCGCUGCAAAAUUCUAGCGACUCAAUGACUGACUACCUCGAUAACGUGAUAGGCGAAACACUUCGCAAGUAUCCACCCGUCCACGAGAUCUCAUUCAGCACGCUGACGAGCAAUCGUUUACCGGACUUCGAUGUGGUAAUUCCGCGAAAAACUAGGGUCAUCAUUCCCACGUACGCGCUGCAUCGCGAUCCCGACCACCACCCUAGCCCAUUGAGCUUCGAUCCGGAGCGUUCGGCGUUGCGAGCCCCGUGCAGGGCUGACAAAUCGUAUCCCUCGUUCUAUCGGCCCCUGGGUGAGAAAGCUUACGUCAACGGAUCCAAUUUCGCCCUGCUGAUGGUUCGCGUGGGGCUGUCCAACAUGCUGGUGCACUGGAAGGUGGACUUGGCAGCGGGCAGUCCACGCGAGUUGGAGGUAUCGGCGGAAGGUUCUAUACCUUAUCCGAGCGGGAAGUUCCGCUACUGGAGUGACCGUGGCGUCCCGCAGCUCGAGCCAACGCUCCCGUUCGGCAACAUGCGGGGCAUGGGCAAAGAGUUCAGCUUCAACGAGCUGCUCGAUCGAGCCUACCGUCGCUUCCGGGACCGGUCGCCGGUGGCCGGGCUCUACUUUCUCACUAACCCGGUGCUGAUCGUGAACGAUCUCGAUGUGGCGAAGCAGGUGCUGGUGAAAGACUUCAACAGCUUCCACGACCGCGGGCUGUACGUACGUGACGAGCGGGACGACCCGCUGUCCGGCCAUCUGUUCUCGAUUGCCGGCGAACGGUGGCGCUACCUGCGCAACAAGCUCAGCCCCACGUUCACGUCCGGGAAGAUUAAGGCCAUGUUCGGGACGAUCCGCACGAUUGGGGUCGAGUUUUUGGCCAGCGUUGAGCCGUACGCCGAACGCGGGGUGCCGAUCGACAUCAAGAAGCUGAGCCAGUGUUUCACCUGCGACGUGGUGGGCUCGUGUGCCUUCGGCUUGGAGUGUAACGCGCUCAAGAAUGGCAACGCGAAGCUGCUCGAGGUCGGCGAUAAGGUGUUUCGCCAGACGCCGCUGCGCAUGAUGUACUCGAUGGUGCUGUCGCUGCUCCCGCGCCUUUCCCGAGCCCUACGCCUUCCGCUGUUCCCCCGGGACGUGUCCUCGUACUUUAUGGGCGUGGUGAGCGAAACGGUGGCGCACCGGGAGCAGCACGGCGUCGAUCGGCCGGACUUCCUGAACCUGCUGAUUCAGCUGAAAAACCGAGGCACGGUGGAGGACGGCGGUGACCACGCCACUGAGAAGCUGACCCUGGACGAGGUGUCCGCCCAGGCGUUUGUGUUUUUCUUCGCCGGCUUCGAAACGUCCUCGACCACGCUCUCGUUCGCGCUCUUUCUGCUCGCCAGCCACCCGGAAGUGCAGGAGCGGUGCCGGAAGGAGAUUCUGGAGAAGCUGGCCCACCGAGACACCGGGGGCGGGCUGAUCACGUACGAGGCACUCAAGGAGAUGACGUACGUCGACCAGGUGAUCAAUGAGACCCUGCGCAUUUAUCCGCCAGUCGGACAGUUGAUGCGUGCCGUAACGCAGACGGUCCACCUCGAGGCGGCCAACGUGACGCUCAGGAAGGGUGACAUGGUGAUGAUACCGAUCUACUCGUACCACCACGAUCCGGACCUGUUCCCCGAGCCGGAGUGCUUCCGGCCGGAGCGAUUCGCGCCAGAAGCGGUUCAGGCUCGCCAUCCGCUUGCGUUCCUGCCGUUCGGUGAAGGUCCACGGAACUGCAUCGGGAUGCGAUUCGGGCUGCUGGAGGCAAAGUUCGGGGUCGUGCAGCUACUUAGUCGGCUGCGGUUCACCGUCGAUCCGCGCACCGAAGUCCCGUUGCGGUUGGCCAAAAACACAGGAUUCCUCCAGGUGGAAGGCGGUAUCUGGUUGAACGCCACCAGGGCGUGAGUGCCAUAUAGUGCUUGGAUUGUAAACUACCGAUUACUAGACAUUCAAUUUUGGAAAUUGUAAACAUUUAGUACCGCUAUGUGCUUUGACCGCUAUGUGCUUUCAGAAAAAUGGCUAAUUGGGCGAAAGAACGUUUGG